CACGCCUCUCUUUGUUACUGUGGAAACCACUGAGGUUGAGGGGGUGUACUACAGUAUGUACUGUACUUGAAGGUAGAGCGUUGAGCGUAUUCAUUUUGCAGCCAAAGGUUAGCCGAGCACGCUACGCUAACCAAAACUGAGAGCUUCGCUGUCCGCGGUAUCGAAGACAGUUCGCGACUAGCAUGUGGCGCCUGUUUGUGGAAUAACAUCCCAGCUCUGCCUGUUGAACUCUUGCAAGUGUUGAAUGCACACGGAGGAAUAAAACUGGUACUAUGUUUCAACAUCGACAGGUAAAGACGUGGUUACAGACUGACAAAAAAGCAUGUCUCGACUGGCUCAACAAUGUCCACUAAUUCCAUUCAUUCCAAGGUUGGAAGAAAUAAUUUCCCUGUAGUUUACCUAAGAAAAGGGGGUGCUGUAUGCACAUUGCUCUAUACACAUUAGGGUUGGAACUUGAAGGCAACCAUGGCCCCCUACCAAACUGGCGCCCAAAUGUUAGUCAGGGUUUCCUGAGUCGGAUCGAGUCCGUCUGUUCUUCUGUGGUUUGGGCUGGAUUUCAAAAUCGAUGCUAGAGGUGUGCCUAACAAUCACAGACUGAGUCUGAAAGAACCAAUCACAGAAGCAGAGAUAAUACAAAAGCGCAAUGCGACUCAUGCUGUAGAUUGUGGUAAAUCUGUAGUUUACAAACAAUCUUGGCAUGCAGUUGAAUUGAAUGAGAACACUGGCGAACAUUAGCUGCCGAUUUAGUGAGAAUUGUCGUGUAUUUUCGUGUACAGUACUUGUUUUUGAAAAGAGAACAAACGUUCUGAAAGCAAGUUGGAUUGUAUACAUACAAAGUUUGUUUUGGUGUAGGAAACUGUAGUCAACUCAUGUGACCGAACUGUGAAAAAAUGCAAAUGAAAUAGAAUUUUCGUACAAUAAGUCAUGUGAAAGCCAUCAUUAACGAUAUACAACUGUAAUGGACUUUGGAUGAAAGUCAUAUUCAGCAGUGAAUCGUUAAACUGCAUUGGACAAUGUGAUGAUGCUGAAACUUUUGUUUGGUACAGUUCCAUUGAGAUGUUUAAAGAUGACUGCCUGAAGAAGAAACCCAAAUUACCACAGUCAUUUAUAAUACUGGGCUGCAUGUCCAGGAAAGGUACUUGGGUGAUGGCUGUUGUUACAUCGUCAAUAUAAUGCAGAAGUUUAUACAUAUGUUUUGAACACAUUUCUUAUUCUAUCAUUGAAAAGAUGUUUGCAGAUGUCAUAGUCAUAGUCAUUGUCCAAGAGCAGGGGUGUCCAAACUUUUUGCAAAGGGGGCCAGAUUUGGUGUGGUAAAAAUGAGGGGGGCCGACCUUGGCUGACGUCCUUUACGUAUAUAUUUAAGCAAAUUUUAGCAAGCCAUUGUGUGUGUCACAUUGUAUUUUUUUUUUUCUUUAAUCAAUAAUUUCAACAACCUCGCAACUAGCCUUUGUAGCAUCCUCUUUCGCCUCUCGGGCUUUUGCGAAAUACUUCUGCUGCGAAAUUAAACUACCUUCAAGUUGCUUCAAUUUCUCGCUACGUAUGUUCUCUGUAAUCUUGUCGUACAUGUCAGCGUGUCUUGUUUGGUAAUAUCGCCUCGCAUUGAGCUUUUUAAAAACAGCGACUGUCUCUUUGCAAACGAGGCAGACACAAUUGUUGCGUGUUUUAGUAAAGAAAUAGUCCAAUUUCCACCUAUCCUUGAAGCGUCUGCUGUCGCAUUCAACUUUCUUUUGUUGACUGUCGCCAUUUUAGAAAAUUGGAAGUAAAGGGUAAAACGGGUUCAUGUUGCUUAGAGUGCUGCUGCCUUUUAGUGGGUAAAUGAGGAGCAGCGUUUAGUGUGUAAGCUACUUCAUAUGCUGGUAGCAGUACUACUGACCAAUUUAUAAGUCUGUGUGCGGGCCAGACGUUAUUGAUUUUAUGACAGAGGCUGGGGGCCGGAUGAAAUUUGACGACGGGCCGCAUUUGGCCCCCUGGCCGGACUUUGGACAUGGCUGUCCAAGAGGAUAAUUGUUAGAUUUUAAGUAAGGUUAUGCUUUUUGUCAUUGAACAAAAACUCUCAUGGACAAAAGGUCAAUGUAAUGGCCUUUAAAUAGUUCUCAAUUCAAUUCAAUUGAAAAUCUGUGGUGGACGUUAAAGAAAAUGGUUCAUGAUCAAGUUUCAGUUUAUCUGGCAAUCGCAAUUACGCAAUUAGGAAGUUGGAGCCAGGCUGAUGAACAGUCUAUGCCUUAGAGUCUGCAAGCUGUUAUAACAAGUAUCACUGCAACGAUUAACUCGAGUAUUCGAUUAGAAAAAAUAUUCGAAUUAAAUUUUAUUGCUUCUAGUAUUCGUUUAAUUAAAGUGGUGUUGUAGUGGUUUAUUUUGAAAGUGUUUGAAUUUACUUUAAUUGAUUAGGGUGGAUACACUGCCCUCUGGUCUGCCUCAUUUCACAUGGCUGAAUCCAACUGCUCCCUGUUAAGACCAACGUAAGCUAAGUUUUCAUUUGAGCUAAUGUUUUUAUGCAUUCAUAGUUUAGUUUAUAAGCAUAUUUAGCCAUUUUUUGUGGGAAUAUGUGUCUGAACCAUUUGUUGAGAGCAUUGUAAAAACAAAACGUUAGCAUUUUAUAGCAUAUUUGGAGCUAGCGGACUUUUGCUAUUUAAGUUAGCCAAUUAUUCUUUUGUUGUACAUAGAUCCUCAUUUUUUUAAUACUGUUUGAGGCUCAGCUCAGGUAUUUAAAUUUUUCAUGUUCCUUAUCAGAUUACUCGAUUAUUAGAAAUAGUUAAUCGAUUAAUUGACUACUAAAAUAAUCGAUAGCUGCAGCCCUAAUAACAAGCACACGUGUGCUAUUACAGGCUGAAGGGUUCCCUCUACUGGCUAACUCCUAACUAUAGUUCUGCAAAUUAAUGAAUCAGCCCUGAUACAAAAAAAACAAAAAAAACAGGUUGUGCAUGGAAGUAUUAGUCGUGUGCUUAUUUGAUCAUUCCAUUAUUUUUUUCCUCAAGAUUGAAUGAUAUACAUAUAUAUGUCAUAACAUAUCAUAUCAUAACAUUAUUUUUCAUGACUUUGUAUGCGAUUUUACCAGGUUUGAACAACUAUUUGUGUUGACCCCACCCAGGAUUUCAUUUUUUAACCAUUCUGGUUGGUCCUUUUCUCAUCUUUUCUGCAAAAUCUCAUUAAUAUUCAGCUGACUGGAUCCAAUUUGAACAUUCAAUAUUUAAAUUAAAUGUUAAAUAAUUGAAUAAAUAUUGAAAUAAUAUUUAAACUCUCUCACGUCGGUGGAAAGCUUGUGGAUGUCGGCAAUGCAUGUGGUGACAUUGACACAUCGCGGAGACAUGGACUACGUAGUGCUUCAAUGACAUCAAGCUUUGCUAUUUCAAAAUUAUAAAAAAAAAAAAAAAAACCAAAUAUUUACUCACUUGACUCUUCAUCUCAAGGGGAUUCUAUGCGCAAAAGUAGUUAAUUAUAAUCUGAUAAAUUAUAUAGUUUUAAACAAAUUUUAUUUUUUUUCAUGAAAUUGUUUGAUUAUUUAUGAAUGGUGUAUGGAGGUGAGAACAUUUAAGCCUUUGUUGGAUGCAUUACAGCAGGGGUCUCCAAACCUGUCCUCGAGGGCAGCUGUGGGUCCUGGUUUUUGUUCAUACUGAUCAAGCACAGACCUUUUAACCAAUGUGGUUUCUACUAAAACAAGCAGCACCUGACUGCAAUCAACUGAUUACACUUACAAAACACCAGAUUGGUGAAAAGGUGUGGUCUUGUUUUGUUGGAGUGAAAUCCUGCACCCACUGCGGCCCUAUGUGGAAUAGUUUGGAGACCACUGCAUUACAGUAAUAAAUUUACAACACCAAAAUCAGUUUUUAAAAAAAUGCGAUGUACUAUUUUGACAGUUUUGAGGCACUUAACCAUUCAACACGAUGAGAAAUUGGCUCAAAACCUUUGACUGGGGUGUAGAUUUUAGCAGUUUUUUUAAUUGCUUUUAUGAUAUCAUCUAAAUGUGCAAAGGUCUUAAAGGAUAUAUUUCCGUGCCAUCUUGGGAUAGAUGGACUAUAAAAUGUUAAUGGCAUGAAUUGACUUCUUUCUUAGUCUUACUGACAGCCUCAUUUAAUAGAUGUACACGAGUGGCAAUUGUAGCUGAUGUUAAGAUAUUCUAAAACGGAGGAGUGCAGAUCAGCGCAACACAAAUACAGCACUCUUUUACCGUAUCGCAUUUGCCAAAGGUUGAUUGUUUAUCUAGUUAAAGUAUGAGUUCACAUCUUGCCUUAAAUGGCUCAUGUGUCAGUGUGCUUACAUAAAAAUGGAGGUGGUCUUUUCAUUACAAUUUCUUUACCAUCCCAUUUGUUUUCCCACAGGUUGCAGUCUAUCCCAAGGAAUGUGCACACAUUUUCUGCUAAAAAGGACACAGAAAUCUUGCACAAUUCAAAACUUUCCAUCACCCCAUGCAGCCAUUGUAAGCCCAGUUACAGAAUAACUUCAAAAUUCCACCCCGCACACCUCUUGGUUUUGAUCACGCCGAGAACACUGCUGCCUCUCCACAGAGCCAAAAUCGUUUUCACUUAGCAGAUCUUUACUAAACAGGAUGGACGGGAGAAGAGCUUCAGCAACAGCCAUUUCCGGGUAAGAGGUGCAUUAAUGUUAAAAUUAUUGCAAGUUUUUGGAAAAAGAAAAAAAAGUCUCUUCUUUGUUGAAAAGCGUUAAUUUUUAAAGCGGUCUAUUGGAAUGCGCGGUUAAUUGUUUUUAAUUGGGGAUGGCGUGGCUCAGUGGUAGAGUAGUUGUCCCCCAACCCAGAGUUUGUGGGUUCAGUUCUCUGCCCUGAUGAACUCGCCUAAGUAUCCUUGAGCAAGAUACUGAACCCCACAUUGCUCCCGGUGCUGCGUCACCAGUAGGUAGAUGGUGAUGUAGUGUUAAGCACUUUGAGCACCUUGGAAGGUGGAAAAGCGCUAUAUACUGUAUUUUUCGGACUAUAAGCCAUGGUUGUUUUCACUUUUUGGCUGGGGGUGUGACUUAUACUCAGGAGCGACUUAUGUGUGAAAUUAUUAACACAUUAUGAUAUCUUUUCACAUGUUAUUUUGGUGUUUUGGAGUGACACUGAUGGUUUGGUGAACUUGUUAGCAUGUUCUUUAUGCUAUAGUUAUCUGAAUAACUCUUAAUAGCUAUGGCCACGUUUGCGUUCUGCCUUUGGCAAUGUGUGUUCAAUUGUAAUAUUGACUUUUUUAUAUUGAAAUGCAUGCUUUUAGUUUGUGGCGCUUUCACGCCCACGUGGGGGCGCACUCGCACUUGUUUACGUGAAGAAGAGCGCUCACAUGCCAGAAAACGGACAGCUGCGUAGCUGUGAGUGAGUUAGCGAGAGAGAGAGACACUGCUGCAAACCUACGUUCAUUGUUAAUGCUUUAAAAUAUCUCUACAGAGGCAACGCCUGUGUGUAUCAUCUUUUCUGUUGUUGUUGUGUGUUUUCCACCCGCGAUCGGACACUUAGAGCCAGUUGUGUGGUUGUUUGAACGACAUGCUUAUGCGAGCGAACGCAUGUGAACCGUUUAUGUUAUUGCUGUAAGAGCACCUAAUUAUCAUUUAUUUACGUUGAUGCAAGUCUGUUUGGUAUCGAGGACCAAAUUGAUUCAGCAAAUUAUACGGACGUCUAGCAUCAUCAUUUGGGAGUUCGCUCUAUAGCCAGGACCGAGCCAUAGCGUCCUGGUGAGGACAGUAUAUUCGCUAGGGAUGUCCCGAUCCAGGUUUUUGCACUUCCGAUCUGAUACCGAUAUUGUUUUGCACUUCCGAUCCGAUACCGAUACUGGCCGAUACCGAUACCGACCUAUCUGAGCAUGUGUUAAAGUUUAAAGUUAUUUAAUAUUUAGCCUCCUUACUUAGUUGUCAGACUCAUGUUGAAAAAGGUUUUAGUACUCUUGAUAACAACUAGCCAGCUGAAUUAGGUGAGUUUGAAUAACACCCAACGGUUGGUAACAAGAAACUGACCUGUUUAUUCAGUGACAAACACAAAACAUUAUAAAUAACAAACAGAAAUUGCAUAGUCAGUCAGUAAAACGUGCAAAUAAUAUUGUAAACUGUCUUAAAAAAGCAAAACACACCAACAACCUCAGUGGAAAAUCCCCCAAAUCCCCCAAGCUAUUAGAUGCUUUUAAUGUUUCAUGCAUUAGUUACAAAAAUUGUAUAAAAAGCCUCUCAGGUUUAAAUAAACGACUAUUUCAGUAUCAAGUUAACGUUUUAAAACAGUAAAUAAAAUUCUCAAGUCCCCAUUCUGUAUCAGCAGCUUUAAACUACAUUCAAUUCAUUUAAUUUUGUGAAUCAACUGUUAAAGUUGUUAAAAUUGCUCCCGUUAUUCCAUAAUUUCCCUUCUGUCUACUUUCGACAUGUGAAAGUUUUAAAACUGUUUUGAAGAUAGAUUCAAGUAAGAUUUUGCCGAUUUAGGAGUAUUUUAGAUAAAAAGUUAAUUAGGUUCGCUUGGAAGGUUCACAACAGCCUACUAGGGAAGUCUUCUGCUUUAAGAUGGCGGCGGUUUACUAACGCAUCUGGUUUUCAAUACUUCAAUGUUGCUAACGCAGUUGAGUCUGUCGUGUAGCAUCAGGUUCUAUAUACAUAUGAUAUCUAUUAUCUCCAGUAAAACGACGUUCACGUAGUUUGUAGCGGCUGUCAGCAUCAGUCAGGUAUUCUUGUGUUUUUUAUCCAGCAGCAUGAGUUGAGCUAAAGCCGUGAGUUGAGCAUUGGCAUUACCCAGGUCUAAGACAAGUUAUGUUUACUUUCGGGACGCAAUGCGGUAGGUUUCUCAUUGCGUCCCGAAGACCGCGCUGUGUACAUUAUUAGUUCCGCUUUACUUGAAAUAUUUCAAUAAUCGGAAUUUGGAUGUUUGUGAAUCGGUCUCUAAUCUUCCACGGCCGAAUCGCGCGUUGGAUGGUGCGUCUUUACUCACGUGAGAUAAUGGCUCGUCAUCCAGAAUGAAUUCUUCGGCAAUGUCUCUUGUUAUUCCCUGGGCUUUAGGACUGUCGAGUGCCAGUUUGUCACGCAUAGCAAAAGUUUCUGCCAAUGUUAGUUGCGUAGGACCUUUCUUUUUGUCUUAGGUUUUCUUAACAUACUCCUCAUAUUGUUUGUGGUGGUAUUUCGCUAAAUGCUUGAUUAGGUUGGUUGUAUUAAAACUUCUUACAGCUUUACCACUACGCUUGACUUUAUUGUGGCAUAUGUUGCUCUCUGCCUCUUCGUCUUUGUCGUCCUUUAAGGUGAAAUGAUCCCACACAGCUGACAUUUUUACCGAUUAAGUCUCUCGGUAAAUUGGGAGACGGUAAUGUAAAUGUAGUGUGUUGAAGGUGUGCCGUAAAAUGCGGACCGGAUUUUAGGGAAACCGAAGCAAAAACUGGAAUGGAUCAUGUAAAUCGAUGCGCUGGAAAACCCGGACCGGAGUUUAAAAAAAAAACUGGAUCAGAAGUCUGGAUCAGAAUUUUUCCCGUGUUCCGAUCCGAUACUGAUGCGCAUUUUUUUGCCCAUAUCGGCGUCCGAUCCGAUCCAAAUAUUGGAUCGGGACAUCUCUAAUAUUCGCAUGUCGUUGUUCAUGCACUGUACACUGUACAUCCAUUCUGCAUGUUGUUCUCUAUUGUAUUUUUAUAUUAAAUUGCCUUUCAAGUUGACAUAUCUGUUCUAUGUGUUGGAAUUUAUCAAAUAAAUUUCCCCCCAAAAUGCAACUUAUACUCCGGUGCGACUUAAUUGUUUUUUUUCUCUUCGUUGGGCAUUUUAUGGCUGGUGCGACUUAUACUCAGGUGCGAACUGUAGUCCGAAAAAUAUGGUAAGUAUAACACCAUUUACCAUUUUAGUAGCUUUGUCGGACAAUAAUGGACUCCUAGCGCUAUACCCUUUGCAACGACUAGAGGGAUAGGGAUAAAUUAAUUUGGGGACAUAAGAGAAGGGCCUGGUAGUGGAAGGCUCAGUGGUUCUUACUGUAUUAAAGUGGAUUCAAUUAGUGCCGCAACGAUUAAUCGAUUAACGCGAGUAAUUCAAUUAGAAAAAAGCUUCGAAUCAUAUUUUGCUGCUUUGAGGAUUCGUUUAAUUAGAGUGGUGUUGUAACUGUUUUGAAAGUGUUUGCAUUUAGUUAUAUUGAUUUGGGUGGAUACACUGCCCUCUCGGGGCAAUAGGGAAUAUGACAUAACUCAUUUAUCAUGGCUCAAUCCAGCUGCUCCCUGUUAAGACCAACAUAAGGUAAGUUUUUGUUUGUGCUAAUGUUUUUUAUGCAUUUGUAAUUUAGUUUUUAGGUACAUUUAGCAGUUUUUUGUGGUCAAAGUAAAUGUAUUUGUUGAGGAGGAUUUUAGAGGUUUUUGAAGUGCUCAUUCCAUCUUUUUAGAAUAUUCUAAAUAAAUAAAAAAAAUGGGAGAACUGGUAGCUCCAGACCUGGACGAGAAGAAAACACCAAUGGAAGUCGACAGCGAUAAUGAAAUUGCAGAUGAAGCAUCAUGCAAAAGCAAAGGCACAAAGAUCCCCCUGCACCGCUGGGUAAUGCAUGGAGCAGUGAUGUUUGGCCGGGAAUACUGCUAUGCUAUGGAAACCGCCCUGGUCACACCAGUGUUGCUCCAGAUAGGCUUGCCUGAGCAAUACUACAGUCUAACAUGGUUCCUCAGUCCUAUAUUUGGUCUCAUCCUCACACCUGUGAUGGGAUCAGCCAGCGACCGCUGUACGCUGCGAUGGGGUAGGAGAAGGCCAUUCAUUCUGGCUUUGUGUGUUGGUGUUCUUCUUGGUAUGGCAUUGUUCUUAAAUGGAUCAUUAAUUGGUCUUUCCAUAGGUGAUCGCCCUGAUAGUCAGCCACUGGGUAUCAUCCUUACAGUCUUGGGGGUGGUGGUACUCGACUUUUGUGCUGAUGCGUGUGAUGGACCCAUCAGAGCUUACCUUCUUGAUGUUGCAGACACAGAGGAGCAAGAUAUGGCACUAAAUAUCCAUGCCUUUUCUGCAGGGCUCGGUGGCGCUUUGGGCUAUAUGCUUGGCGGCCUCGACUGGACUGGGACAGCUCUUGGUCGAGCCUUUAAGGCACAGCAACAAGUGCUCUUCUUUUUUGCAGCCAUCAUCUUCAUUUUCUCUGUCAUACUGCACAUGUUCAGUAUCCCAGAGAAACAGUUAGUGGUAUCCAAUCAGCUUGAUACCAGAGGAAGAAGGGAUUCAGCCAGUCAAUCAUCAUACCGACUGAUUAGUCAGACACCACUGCUUCUUGACGUCAUCGCUGAGGAAGAAUUGCCUUCUCGAGAGAAUAACCAAGUAGAUUCUAAGAUCGAGGAAACGGACUUCCACGUUAUGGAGCGAAUGCGGAGUAAAAGUGAUUCAGUCUUAGCCAUGCCAGACACAACAAUCAAGCUGGAUCCUGACCUUGACCUGCAAGCCCAUCUUUUGUUGCCAGCGGCGCAACAGGCUUUACCUGAAAUCCAGGAAAGUCUAGAACAUUCAUUCAAGCCGUUGAAUCAGAGCAUUGAUUCUUUGAGUCCCGAGGGACCACGUAAAUUUACAGAUGGAAUGGUGUUUGUGGAAUCCGGAGAUUCUGCCCAUACUGAGUUCAAUGGUCAGAUUAAUGAUCCUACUGAACUUAGUCCUGCCUCUGACGCCUCAGAUAUGAAACCAAAGACCAAGCUGAUUAACGGUGUUGGUGUCAAUCCUUGUAUGUCCCCCACUGAUCACUGCAAUGCAAACAAGAGCUACACCUCGAACAAAGCGCAAAUGAGGCUCUCCAGCGCCACAGCUUCUCCACGGCCACACAAACAUACGUUCUACCGACAACCUUCUUUUACAUUCUCUUAUUAUGGGCGAGUGGGGUCCCAACGUCACCGAUUGCGACGGACAACCACCUCGGACCCUCAGCCAGUCACCACUUCCCGCAGUCUGAAUGAUCUCAGUGAUCUGCAGCUGCAUGCAAACAGGCGGGAAUUUCAACUGUCGAAAAGUAGUCUGUCUUCAGAGGAUUCCAUCAGCAAUAGCGGCCCCACCAGGGGAGCAACUGUAAGGCUGCUCUGGUUGUCAACGCUAAAGAUGCCAAAGCAGCUGUGGAGGCUGUGUAUAUGUCAUCUACUCACAUGGUUCUCCUAUAUAGCUCAAGCAGUCUUCUACACAGAUUUCAUGGGACAAGUCAUUUACCAUGGAGACCCCAAGGCACCGGCUAAUUCCACAGAGUUCCAGAAUUACAACAGUGGAGUCCAAAUGGGGUGUUGGGGGCUUGUGGUCAAUGCUGGUACUGCAGCUGUCUGCUCUGCCAUCCUUCAGAAGUACUUGGAUAACUUUGACCUGAGCAUCAAAGUCAUCUACAUUUUGGGGACUCUGGGAUUUGCAAUUGGAACCGCAGUGAUGGCCAUCUUCCCGAAUGUGUAUGUUGCCAUGGUGAUGAUCAGUAGUAUGGGCAUCAUCUCCAUGAGCAUGUCCUACUGUCCUUAUGCUUUACUUGGACAGUACCAUGAAAUCAAAGAGUUCAUCCACCAUAGUCCAGCCAACACUAGAAGAGGUUUUGGUAUUGACUGUGCUAUCCUAUCGUGCCAAGUGUAUAUAAGCCAGAUUUUGGUUGCAUCGGCGUUGGGAGCGGUCAUUAAGGCUGUUGGCACAGUGCGAGUCAUUCCAAUGGUGGCCUCGUGCAGUUCGUUUCUCGGAUUUCUCACCGCCCUUUUCCUUGUUAUUUACCCCGACGAGGAGCCGGAGGUUGCAAAUGAGGAUUCCAGGGACCGAGAGUUGGCCUGUUGGCCAGUAGGGCUGGACCACAACGUAGAAGGCAGUGGAGCACGUUUGGCUCUGCAGAACACAGCAGACAGAGAUGGUUUUAAGACUACUGAGAAGCACUCUAUUGUCUGACUGUGAAUGGGACACAAGUGCUGUACGAGAAGGAAAAAGUAAGCAAUUAAGCAAUGAUGGAACCUGACUGGGAAAAAUAACUACAUCAUUAUGUGGAUUUGCACAGAUUUGUUUCAUUUGUUUGAGUGGUCUGCACAUCCCAUUGCUACCUCAGGCCAAACAGGCUUACGUGGCAGCUGAAAGAAAAUUGGGGAAUGAAGCAUUUUUAGUGAACCUUUGAGAAGCAUGCACAGCACUUUGUGUCUUUUCCCUAAACUGGUGAUUCUGCAGUACUGUGUUAUAUCAUGCCUGCUUACUACUUCUUGGACAAUCCUAAUGUUGUAAAAGUUUCACUUUGGCCUCACCUACAUUAUCUAUUGUUUUCCCAUUAUUGAAAUGUCCAACCUCUAGAUUUCAUAAUAAGCAGGUUUGUCAGGUGCCGUUUCAGUUUCUGAUCACAAUGCAAGCAUUCAAAUAAGCUAAUAGAGACAUGUUAUCAUUUGUUUCUAUCAUUUGUUGAUGAGAGCACUACGCUCUAUUAUUGCUGUGACCAAAGUGGCAUUUAUUGCAAUGUGAAAUGAUACGUUUAAGCCAGUUUUGAGCUGCACAUACAUUGUGAAUUACACUCAUGUUCAAUUCCUUGCUUACACCCGCAAGUAUCCUCACGGGAAUCUGUGUUCUGAUUGACUUGAUUUUUUUUUUUUUUUUUUUUUUACCUCUCAUUGUGUCUUAUAAUUGUAUUUCUGGCUUAGUAUAAUAAUGCGCUUUAAAUAGAAACUGGGCCAAUCAUUCAGCCUGAGAAAAAAACAUUUAAUGCCAUUAGAUAUCCAAGGUGAUAUUUAAGUCUUAAAGCUACUAUGCAGAACUAACUGUAAAGUGCCUUUUAGUCUAGAUGUGUCUUGUUGUGCAGUUACUAGUUUUCAAUUAAUAAUUCAGAUUGUGCAAUACUCAGCAAUCCUUGUUCGACUCAGGAAAUUUCUUUAUGUUAAUGUUAAAAAAUAAAAGCAUUCAUUGUAGUGAGACUGAUUGUUCUACCAGUAUAACUGGCACAUGGAAGUCUGAUAACAGGUUGUGUUUGUGUGGUGUUAUGUUUAUGUCAAGACCUUUAAGAUGUAACUAUUCUGUUCCAUUUUGAGCUUAUAGGUAAUCACCAAUGUUCAGAGUGGUUUUCUUUUUGCUGCUGUAAAGAUUUUUAUAUUAAAGAAAUUUAAGAUGUUUUAAAAACCAAUAGAUGGAUGAGGAAAAAACACCUGGAGUGUC